UCCACAAUCGCACAGCAGCAGGUUGACCCAGAUCUCUUCCGUGUCCUUUUCUUCAUCAACCCAUCGAGUUGAAGUGCAACAGUCGCGUCCAUUCCUUAUUUACCUGUAAUUUUUUCCGAGGGGCUGUUCAGGCGUUGCUAAAAACAACGCUUCCAACCACAGUCUAGACGCGCGCGACAAUCCACCCCUCUACCAAACGAUAAGAAAGAUUGCGCAGACCACCUGCGCAUUUUUCUGAGCCGGCACCAUGGAUCCAACCAAAGCGUCAAUCUUCAAGACUUAUGACAAACCACGAGGUCAAGGGGGCUCUGGCUCCUUUGCGACGUAUAUGAUCAUUGCCCGUAAGUACCAAGAAAAAACUAUGCGACUUUGCAGAAACCCAAUAUCUAACCACCAUCAUAGCGGUUUGUUUUUUCCUCGGCAUGCUCUUCUCGUCAUUCCCAUACGACUACCCACUUCUUUGGACCUCCGAAGAGACACCACUUGCCUACUACGAUCAAUUGGAAACCCAUCUGAAAUUCAUUCAUGCCUCUCCUCCCAUCAUUCCUCGAAUCCUCCACAUUGCGAUCUCCAUCGGUUUCAUCGGAUUCUUUACCAAGCUCUUCAAGCCUUCCGAGGCCAAUCUUCUCUUCGAUGGCGCAUCUUUGGUUCUCUACGUGAUUGGAGUUGUGGUUUAUAUUACCAACAUAGUCAAGGGUCUGCGAAUCGUUACAGCCGGAGUCUAUGGGGUCGCAGAGGGAACCACCGAAGUCGCUCUUGGGAGAGAAGAUAGUCUGAGAGUUAUGGCUGCCAGUAAUACGAUUUUGGCACUGGUGUUGGUUGGUGUGCUUGUGUUGCAAGCUGGACAAUGGUAUGCGGAAAGGAAAGAGCAGGAUGAGGUGGAGAAGUUUGAGAAGGAGGAGGCUGAAAAGACUCCUAAGAGCGCAAAGGUUUCCGGGCAUGCGACGCGAUCGGCAUCAAAAAAGAAGCAGUGAGGGGAAUCAGCUGGG